AUGUGCUCCGAUACCAUCGAUGAAAAAUGGGACCGUGCUCUGUCCAUCUUGAGUCGGUAUAUGUGGUUUUCUACCAUAGGUCGGGAAUUGGUUUCAGAUCUGACGGAAUUGCUUUGGGGUGGAUAUCGAUAUGUUACCAUCCAGUACCCAGAGCUGGACGGUGCGUCGACGACGAAUAUUAAGGAACAACAUGCUCAGUGUAUAAAGAGGUACGAUGUCCGGGGCACAGAUUAUGGUGUCUUUCGGGUCAGUCUCCGAAUCCCGAAGAAUCUACCGAUGCCGAUGGACCCACUCGGGAUGCCGGUAUCGGUAGAUCGCCGAAUUUUCAUCUACUUUCAGCUCGAGCUCAUUGCAGAGCAUGCUAGCUUUGAGUUGGAGCGUGAGCCAUGA